AUGACGGACAAAUAUCCUCACAUGAACGAAUACUGGAGAGAUAAGACGCCAAAUCUGCCCAACACUGAUGUGCCAAUGUAUGUAACUAUGAGCUAUUCGACCGGCCUGCAUACGGAGGGCUCAUACCGAGGCUGGAAGUACUCCUCAUCCAAGGACAAAUGGCUCCGUAUCCACUCGACACAGGAGUGGCACGACUUAUACCAGCCCGAGAACACCGACGACCUCCAAAGAUUUCUGGACCACUAUCUCCUCGGCAAGGGUAACGGAUGGGAGACCACCCCGAAAGUGAGAGUUUCUCUGCUACGCUACGGCGAUAGCCCUGACAUUUCUCAUCGGCCCGAGGACGAUUAUCCACCUUCUCGCACACAGUACCACACGCUAUUCCUCGACUCCGCGAACGCGAAACUCUCGCACAAGAAACCAGGGAGUAGCAGCACAACGUCGUACAAGUCCGGCCCUUGGGAGGAGAAAGGAGUCCACUUCACCUACGCCUUCGACAAGUAUACAGAAAUCUUAGGGCCGCCCAAAAUUAAGCUGUUCAUGUCAACGCCAGACCAGAACGACAUGGAUGUGUUUAUCAAGCUCCGCAAAGUCGAUGUUGACGGCAACGUUCUCACCUCUCUGAACGUCCCGAUGAAACUGCAGCCGCACGGCACAAAGCUAGAGCAGAUCGACAAUCUUGUCCUGUAUAGGCACGAGGGACCAAUGGGCCGGCUGCGAGCCUCCAAACGCGCACUAGGCCAGGAUCCGAUGCUCUCCGAGGCGCAGGUGAAGUCGCAGGCGCCUACGGAGCUAUGGCUUGUAUGCGACAAGGAAGAGAAAGUUCCACCAGGCACGGUGGUCGAGCUCGAUAUCCCUAUCUGGCCCACUAGUAUGGUCUUCAACGCCGGAGAGUCGCUGCGCUUGGAGGUGUGCGGCCAUAUUAACAAUCUGCACGAGUUCCCUGAUAGUGGACGUUUGCAUAAGAAUCUGAACAAUGGCGUACAUUCUGUCCAUUCGGGCGCGGAGUUCCCUUCCCAGAUUAUGCUACCGCUAUUGUUUUGA